UGUCAUAGUUUGUCCGAGUGUUAAAAACCUAAACUUAAAAAUUCUUGUUUAUUAAUGUCAAAAUCACUUUCAAAUCUUAUAUUUAACAAAUAGCAAUAUGCGUAUGUUCAAUUCUAUGAAUAAAAUUCAACUCUCCGUUUCUCUCGCGAAAAAUGUAUUUGUAUUAAUAUGAAAACAUUGAGUCGAAAGCCUCGUAUUCGCCGGAGAUGGCGACGUUGCCACUAAUAAAGUGCACAUCGAACGAGCAAAUGGCUGGCGUGAAAUCGGACGAGAGAGAACACUGUCAAAAAUUGGAAAAAAAACUUACGGUACUUGAAUCACAUGGUUAUCGUCUCGGAAAGACUAUAGGAGCUGGAUCGUAUGCUACGGUUAAAAUUGCUGAUUCCGAUCGACACAAUUGCCAAGUAGCGAUAAAAAUAGUCUCGAAAUUUCAAGCACCUGGAGAAUAUCUUAAGAAAUUUUUACCUCGCGAAAUCGAAGUUGUCAAAGGAUUGAAACAUCCGAAUCUAAUUUGUUUCUUACAGGCCAUAGAAACCACUCAUCGAGUAUACAUUAUUAUGGAAUACGCACAGAACGGUAGUUUGUUCGACGUCAUACGUCGCGAUACCUAUAUUGAUGAACUACGUAGUCGCAAAUGGUUCCGGCAGCUUUUGGAAGCCAUCGAUUAUUGUCACAAGCGUGAUAUAGUGCACAGAGACAUAAAAUGCGAAAACUUACUUAUGGAUUAUUAUUUUAAUAUCAAACUGUCGGAUUUUGGAUUUGCGCGAGGACAGAUGAAAUCAAAAAAUGACGAGCGAUUUUUCAGCACGACCUACUGCGGUAGUUAUGCUUAUGCGUCGCCCGAAAUUCUGCGAGGCAUUCCGUAUCAACCACAGCUUGCGGAUGUAUGGUCUAUGGGCGUAGUACUUUACGCGAUGGUUUAUGGCCGGUUGCCAUUUGACGACACAAAUCAUGCGCAGCUACUAAAGCAAGUCCAAAACAAAGUGAGCUUUCCUAAACAUCCAAAAGUGUCUCAAUUGUGCCGUUCUCUUAUUACCCGUAUAUUAGUACCGCAAUCGGCACGAUUAUGUAUCAGCAACAUAAGAAGUGAUGUUUGGCUCGAGACAUCUGUUGUCGCUCAAACGUCCGUUAGCGAAAAACUUGAAAUAUCUUCAAUGCCAAUAAAUAAAGACAAAAAGCUUGAUAAACAUGUAUCAAUUAGUUCUGUGUUUUGAGAGAGUAAGAAACCGAAAGAUACGAUACCGUCAAAAAUAAUACAGAAAUGAAAAAAUUUUGAUUUAAACUUGAAAAUACAAACUUUACAGAUACCUCACGUAAUAU